AAAACCAUACCUAAGUGUGCGAUCAAAGAAUACGCUAAAAUAAGCCAAAACACACACACACUCUAGGAUAAACCACAAUGGCGCAUACAUCUAGUACCGGCGUUGUGGUGCCACGAAAUUUCCGCUUACUGGAGGAGCUGGAUCAGGGCCAGAAGGGUGUAGGCGAUGGCACCAUAUCAUGGGGUCUGGAGAACGAUGAUGAUAUGACACUUACCUAUUGGAUUGGCAUGAUUAUCGGCCCCCCUAGAACACCAUUCGAGAAUCGAAUGUAUUCACUAAAGAUCGAGUGCGGCGAACGUUAUCCGGAUGAGCCACCAACGCUCAGGUUUUUAACAAAAGUUAAUAUAAAUUGCAUUAAUCAGAAUAAUGGUGUGGUUGAUCAUAGAUCAGUGCCCAUGUUGUCCAGGUGGAGUCGGGAGUAUACCAUUAAAACGAUGCUUCAGGAAAUACGUAGGAUUAUGACCAUGAAAGAGAACUUGAAGUUGGCACAACCGCCAGAAGGUAGCUGUUUUUAGUUGGCAACAACGAUAAAAACAAAAUCAACAGCAACACAACAACAACCUACAACCACAACAGCAACAACAACAACAACAAACUGCAGCAGCAUCAACAACCACAACAGCAUUACACACAACUGCCACUGCAACAGAAACAGCAACAGCAACAACUACACUCGGCUGAUUGUGCAUGAGUGUUAAGAGGCGCGUGCCGGCCAUUGGUAAGUCGCCUCGAUCCUCUACAGAGUUGUGUGUAAUGUGAAAGAGAGACGGGAGAGAGAUAGAGAGAGAGAGAGAAAGAGGGGGCGGCCGUUAGAGAGGAGGAGCCAAGUAGCUGCAUUAUUGUUUUUGUUGUCUGUUGUACUUCUUGAAUGUGUGUGUGUGUUCAGCAGCAGAAAGAACUAAAGCUAAAUAUCUAUACUAUAAGUGUAAACAACAGCAACUGCAACAAGAAGAAGCAGGAGAAGAACAGCCAGAGCAAACGUCACUAAAUAUAAUAAAUGGUCGUCAUCCCUUCCGUCAUCGAUCGUCGUACGAAUGUCAUCAUGUUUGGUUACAAAACCCAUUCUUAACUAAGAAAUAAAACAACUCAAUGUAAAAGAAUGAUUAAGAA